AUGUCGAACGAUCGUUCAUGGUUCGUUCUGACGAAGGAGGACGCCCGUGGCCUGCAAGAGUACGGCCUGUUGAAUCUGAACCAUGAUAUUGGAUAUCAUGAACUGCACAAAGGUUGCUUCCUCAGCCACGAUGACAUCUCACAUGCCCUCCGCAAAUCCCCAGCAAAGCCGUCCGAUAUGCUCAAGAUACCAAUGAUUUUCAUUUCACGGGAAGCGCUCAUCUGGCUUGGCUUCAGUAACAAGAUGGCCGACCAGCUGUGGCAACAAUGGCUCUACCUUCACAGCAACAGAAGGCCAGGCAUUCUCGAAUUCCGCGACGUCAUCUUGACCUAUUUUCGUCUUCCCGACGUUGCCGGUGGGAUUCCAACCCUUAGCAAAUUCAACGAUGAUGAUAACGAAUGGAGACGAGUCCUUCACGCCCAUGGUCUCUCCCAACAAUUCGUGAACAUGAUCAUGGACCCUUGUUUCCGCGCCCAACGUCUAACCGAAUCCUGCAACUACUGGAUUGAAGACACCCUGCGACAGCGUUGGGACUUGUUGCAUCGACGCAAACGGAACAUAGAUGUACCCAUCUCACUCUUGGCGCACAGUGGCCGCCCAGACAAAGAUGAAGACGAGGUGCCUGAUUUCUACACCGCAAAGAACCUUCGCUGCGGAGGACCAGUUCUCGAAUUUACAUUUCUGGCAGGGCUCAGAGGACCGCCGGAUGCUCCUCCUUGCGCCUGCACUGUUCGCAAAGAUAGUGAAAGACACACAACACAGGAUCACUUGAUAUUGUACAAAGUCGUGACCGGUACGCAGCUCAAGAACACCAGAGUAUCUAGCUCCGGUAAUCUCGGCCCUGUGGGGGUGUCCAACAUCGACAGCUUGGUAGAAGUACCCAGGGAGCCCGAGCGGGAACCUUUUCUCUAUAACAAUGUUACCGGCGACGGCGACCCCCAAGACAGAGUGGCUUCCGUGAUGCCGCGGAGAAGAGCUCACAAAAGAGCAGACCUCGUCUUUUUCAUGUGUAACCCCGAGCACGCGCUGGCUAAGUACAAGUGGGCUGUGCAGCGGCUCGACAAGCGCGUUGGGACCGUUGACGCCGCCAAAUUCGCUGGUGGUGCAGAUGUGCAGAUGCUGGAGAUCCGCAUCUCCAUGGGUGAAAUAGAAUACCUCCGUCGGGCUAUGCUCGCCUACCACAUCCCGUACCCGUCCGCGUCGAACAUGGUAGCGUUCGUUAUGUGGCAGGAGAUGGUCUUCUUGUCGAGGCUGAAGGAGCUGACCAGGUCCAAGUUCGCAAUCAUCGAGGCUGUUUUUUGGAGGGUAUGGACCAAACUUCAACCGGAAAUUCAGGAAGCCAGGCGAUCCGCAGGACCAACGCUACGUGCUAUCCAAAAUGACCAGUGGUUUGUGCUAUGCUUUUCCGCUGUGAAGAGGAGGGGUUUCUGGAAUUAUGUUUCGAUGAAGCUGGCCGAGACCGUAGAGAAAGGCACAGUCACCUCUAGCAAGCCAACGACAACGGCACCGCCGCCAACAUCAACAAGCAAUAAAACCAUUCCCACGUCAGCAUCGUCGUCCGUACCGCCCAGUACGGCCGCUAACGACGGCCCAGCACCUGAUGAGGACUUGAUGUCGGUAAACAUUACAUAUACAGGUGAAGAGUAUUUGAUGUCGGGGGAGGUUACCACUCAAACGGACGAGGAAAAUAUAUAUGACCUGGAAGACACACCAGCGGACGUGGGAGCGGAAGCGGAAGGGGAUACCUGUACGACUACUGUAUAA